AAAAUGUGCAGUGCUGUAGCCGGGAUCGGUACAAUGCCUUCGAACAGUACCGACGGUGUGUGUGGUACAGAAGCGUGUCGCUGCACUACUAUUGGUGAAGGUCUUGGGGGCGGCGCUCGUGUGGUCCAAACCAUAUGUUUGAUUAAACCUAUGUCGGUGCGUAACUGAAUCCUAUCUAGAGCUAGGAGGUGCGGACUGAGGAGGAAAGAGGAUAAGGUAGUCUGUGUCAUCACAGCCCUCUGAAAGAAAAGUGAUGCACUGAAACACGAACGCUCGCAGAAACUGAAGAACAAGCUGUCAAUGCAAAGUACAACAAUUCCGUAAGAAACGCCGAGCGCUUUUUUUUUCCCUGUGGAAAUUUACCAACCUCAGUUCGAACGGUGUUGGAAACUUUUUUUUUUCUCCCAUCACCUUAGUUUUUAGAAAGUGACGAUUGGAAGUUCGCUUGGAUUAUAAUUGUGAUUUUAAGCGAACGAGCGAAUAGCUUGAUAUAUUUUCUUUAAAUAUUUAUUUAUUUACAUUGCCAGCAGAUAUAAAAUAAAAAAAGAAUCAUGUUUUAGUUUGUUGACAGUAUUGUUGUUAUUAUUUAGAAUUCAAGCGACGAUUCAAGGAACUUCUUAUUAAAUUCUAAAAUAUAAACAAACCGAAGUAGGUUUCACUGUUUUAGUGACUGUUUAAUGUGUCACAGAAAACAAGUUAACCCUCCUUAGCCUACUCUCCGAACUGGAUUGGUGGAGAUAAAAGUAAAUACAUACUGUUCCGUUAAAAAAAAAAAUGGCAAAAGAUCUCAAGCCACGACUUUGCUGCAUGUCUAAAGGAGAGAAUGGGUACGGGUUUCAUCUCCACGGCGAGAAGGGUAAAAGCGGGCAGUACAUUCGGAAAGUGGAAGCCAACUCUCCGGCGGAGGCUGCGGGAAUACACGCAGGUGACCGUGUUGUGGAGGUGAACGGCGAGAACGUGGAAAAGGAAACCCAUCACCAGGUGGUCCAGCGAAUUAAAGCCUUGGAGAAGGAAACCCGCCUGCUGGUGGUGGAUAAAGAGACGGACGAGUUCUUGCGUGGGCUGCGUCUCACUUGUACGGAGGAGAUGGCCCGCAGCGGGGUGUCAGUCCCAGAGCCAGUCCUGGUGCCACAGGCCAGCAUGAAGGGGAACGGGGCAGUGUUGAAACAGCAGCUAGCGCUCGGCAGUGGAGAGCCCAAGAGACUGUCCAGGAGACACAGUACAGAGAACAGAAAAAAGGAAUCUUGCAGUCAGAUAAAGGAACUCCACCCCAGACUGUGUGUCCUGAUCCGAGGGGAGACUGGCUAUGGAUUCAACCUUCACAGUGAGAAGUCAAAGCCGGGACAGUACAUCCGGUCAGUGGACACAGGGUCGCCAGCAGACAAAGCCGGAUUGAAGACACAAGACAGACUAAUUGAGGUAAAUGGAGUGAACAUCGAAGAGCUAAAGCACUCAGAAGUGGUCGCUUUUAUCAAAUCCAGCGGGGAGGAAGCCAGGCUUCUGGUGGUAGACCAAGAGGCAGAUGAGUACUUCAAGAAACUGGGGGUGACCCCCACAGACAGCCAUGUUAAAGACCCCCUGCCUCAACCAAUUACCAACGGGUCCCCAAAACCACAGCUGAAUGGAAGUUCAACACCAGAUUCUUCUCGCAGAGAAAUCUCCAGUCCAGAGAUUGCAAAAGAGAUUAAAGAAGAAGUUGCCCAGCAGGACCCUUUUGCAGAGAGUGGUCUCAGCCUGAGCCCCACUGCGGCUGAAGCUAAGGAGAAGGCACAUGCAAAACGAGCAAAGAAAAGGGCCCCCCAGAUGGACUGGAAUAAGAAGCAUGAAAUUUUCAGCAACUUUUAAAAUAAUAAUAAUAAUUCAGCUUUUUCACUAUUUAAAAAUAACAAUAACAUCAGCAACCACAAAAGUUGUGUUUACAAACCUCUGGGAGAAAAGGACACUGAAAGAUUUUGGUUUCUUGCGGGACAACGUCAAGAAACCAUAUAACAAGUACAUUAACAUGCUUUGUGAUUGAAUUAAAAAAAGAUUGAUUUGUUACUUUCUUUAACUGAACUAUUUAAACAAGUAGUGGAUGUACUGUACAGUAAAUGUGUUUUUUUUUUUCAUUUUAGUUUUUUCAUAAAAGAUUGAACUAUGCAGAGAGAUUAUUUGUCUGUCUUGCGCAGAAGUGAAGCAUUUGGAUUGUGUUGAAAAAAGACUGUAGCCACAUAACUUAUGAUGUAUGUUUUCUCAUGGGAUGCUCAAGGUUUCAUAGCUGAAGGGGAAGUGAACCACUAGGAACCAGUGUUUAAGUUAAUUGAAAAGAAAAAAAAAGUAUUUUCCUGUAAGCUAAGAUUGUAAUCUUUGUAUUAUAUAAUGUCGGUAUGUGUUUGUUAAACUAGUAUGUACUUUAGUAGUUAUAAUAAGGAAGCAUUUUAUAUUACUCAAGUCUACAUAAAUUUGCCCCAUUCAUGGUAAUAGGGCAAAACUGCAUAUUUGGAGUUUCAGAUUUUUUGAGAAAAAGCAUAUAAAGCAAACCAUAAUGUGCUUCAAGGACUUUUGGCUUUUGUUUCACAGAGGCCAUGCUGACAGGCGACUGGACAUACUAGAGGUAUUAGGGUUUGUUUUUAUGUAAGUGUUAAACUGACCAGAUCUCACAUUGGUGUUCAAGAAUGAAAAUAUAUUGCAUAGCUGUUUCAAAUGUCAUUUCUACUUUAAUCAGACAACACAUCUGAGCUUGUUGCCUAACUAUUGUGGCUAAUAUUCUAAAAAAGCAAUUUUAAAAAACCCUUGAUAUGUUAAGUUCCCAGGCUCUGCCAUGUAAAAUACUCCUGCUCCAUUGUGGAUUUCAUGUUUUUAUUCCAAGAUAUUCCAGAAUCUCUUUGCAUUCUUUCCACACAUUCAAGUCUUACACGUUGACUAAACUGUAGCCAUGUAACAUUGGCCCAUUCCUGGAUGAGCAAUCUUCUAUUACUUUUUGUUGGCUUUCCAUAAAAGGCAUUUAAAUGUACAAGUGCAUGUAAUAAACAAGUAAAUGUUGAGCAAUAUUAAUUUGUUAAAAUGUCAUUGAUGUUGGUGUUAACAUGUUAGCACAUCCUGUCAAAUCUGUUCUAUUUACACUAUAUUGUUUAGUUUAAAACAUUAACAAGUGAGCACCUCUCUCUGUAGCUCAUGGAUCUUAUUGCAACCUGACGUCAGAAUGUGCACAAGAGAAUCAUCUCAUAUUCAGACUGCUGUGGUAUGUGAUAUUUUCAUUGAACAGAAAAAUGCCCCCUGUUUUGAUGAGUAAAGUGCUGAAAUGUAUAUUUCUUUUUUCCAUCACCUCUGUGCUCUAGAAUUACUAUUGCUAUGGUUUUUCCAGUGUUCCUGUGCUAAAUAUGAAUUAUGAAACCCACAAGCUUGCAUCACACGAAUAGUACAUCAAGUGAUCUUUUAUUGGUUUUUUUUUUGUUUGUUUGUUUGUUUGUUUGUUUUAGUUUCAGUAUCCUGGGAAAGCAGAUUCAAUUUAUAAUGAGCAAUAAACAGGUUUCACUGUUCAAGUUGUUCUAGGAAACUUUGUGCAAUGUGUCUGUAUUAUACUCAAGUAUUUGGUGUUAUCUUGUAAUUAGGGUCACAAUGUUCCUUUCUGCCACAAGGCCCCUAUGCAUUACGUUAAUAGUGUACAUUGUUCAAAUCGGUGCAUGAAUUAUGGGGGGAUAACUAGCUUUUGAUUCAGUUUAAGCAGUGUACUGUACUUGUUUCUGCAAAGCAUUCAUGUUGUGUGUAUAUAUAAUAUACAGUAAAAAGUGCAUUUAAAACCACUACAGGUCACUCGACCAGUCCUUAAGCAGCAUGAACUUGUAUUUACUGAAUUAUUCAGAAGCCACAUAAAUGAACCAUCGAGCAGUUGAAGUCCAUACCCACUGUGAAUGCAGCCACACUACCAUAGACAUUGUGGCAUUUGGAAUAUGUGAAUUAUUUGACUGUUUGACAUGCUGUUGUCAAACUCACUAGAACAGACACACUGACACCAGGACCUGUGUGUGUGCGAGAGACGUCCUUCCUGGAGAAACACUAGCAGACCAGUGUUUCCAGCAGUAGAGGAACUGGAACAAGUAUUGAACUGUGGUCCUGAUAUGGUACCAUGCUGCUACUGAUACAUUGGUGCAAUUGUAUUGAAUCAUACCAUACAAAUUAUGAAAAUGUGACCAGUUUGGAACCACUGCAUUAGUGGCUAAUGCCAUUGCAGUUGCUCCAGUUCUACUCUGCAUAUGGAACUAUUGCAUUACCAAAGUAGUGCUACUGUCUUCACUGCCAUAGAAAAGGAAAGGGUGUUGACACAACGUUUGACUGAACAGUUUAGCUCUAGCCUUCGCAGGUAUUAUGCAACAUAUUUUUACUGACUUCAUAUACACAGAAAUGGAGCUGCCUUUGUGUUAUUUUCCAGAUUGUGUUUGAUACUAAGAAGAAACUAGCUGUAUGCAGUGAUUUGACAGUACAGUCUUUAUGAAAUAGUUUCAUAGUUAUUAAAUAUUAUUUCACCAAAUUAACCCCCAAUUUUUUUGUUCCGGAGUCCCUAGCUACCGGUACCACAUUCAGGUAUUAUGAAGGUUAACAGGGUUUAUUUUUAAUGGACAUCUUUUAUGGAGAGCGCCUGUUAUUGAGCUUACAGGGCCUUGCACAGUAGCUAUUGUAUCUACACCAAUAUAAAACGUACCACUGUAAAUUGCAACCAGUGCACAGACUAAGCAUGUCAAUCUGUACCUGUGUAUUUCAUUUAACCUUUAAACCAAUAUGUGUAAAAACAAAAGGUCACACAAUGCUGUAUUCUUCUAUGCACCUCAGAUUUCCUGGCUUCUGUCGAAGAAGACAGUUCGAUUGUAUGACAAAUCCUGCCUAUUGUACAGUACAUUGUUAAUAAUAAACAUUUACUUCAAAGUAGGAAUAAUGA